AAUGAAAGCUUUUGCAAUUCAAUGAAAAUGAAAAUCCAGAUGAAAGCAUCUCUAUGUAAUAUUCCCUGAUUGAUUUAACGGUUGUCAUGCUAUUAUUGGCAUUCGCAGGAGUGCCACAACACAGCAUUCUUUAAAAGAGGCGGAGCCUGUUGUGCUCGCUUUCCAAUUAUAAAACACGCGGUAGUACCGUACUGAGACUCAUUCAUUCAUCGGACGUCGUGACGAACGGGUCGAGCAACAGUGGGUCGAGGUUUCCCCACCCAGCAGCAACAUCGUCGAGCCCUCCCCUCCCCCGGCGAGCAAGGGUAUAUAACCAGUGGUGCUUCCGCACCACGGGUCAUUCGCAUACCAGACGUCGUGACGAGCGGGUCGAGCAACAGUGGGUCGAGGUUUCCCCACCCAGCAGCAACAUCGUCGAGCCCUCCCCUCCCCCGGCGAGCAAGGGUAUAUAACCAGUGGUGCUUCCGCACCACGGGUCAUUCGCAUACCAGACGUCGUGACGAGCGGGUCGAGCAACAGUGGGUCGAGGUUUCCCCACCCAGCAGCAACAUCGUCGAGCCCUCCCCUCCCCCGGCGAGCAAGGGUAUAUAACCAGUGGUGCUUCCGCACCACGGGUCAUUCGCAUACCGGACGUGGUGACGGGCGGGUCGAGGCAAAUCCCAUUCGUCGUACGCCCAACUUAGGUAAGGCAUAGUUCUACCCUGAACUAUUACACAGGAAAAGAAAAGAGCACAUGGAGUUAAUCCGAAUAAUUUUCUUAAAUAACAUUAGGAUCCAUUUCCUUUUCCGAAAUGGAUUCUAAUGUUAGCAACAUCUUAUACUGUUUGGAAAAGUUUUCCAAAUAGUACAAGAGUUAAUUAAAUAAUUUUUCAAGCCAUUAUGGAGGAUAAGCAGCAGCGGAGCACUUUACCGCCACGACCACUGUUGGCUGCAGAGUCAACGGGAAAUUUCGACAAUGGCGCAUCCGGUAGCAGAACUUCGGUACCUCCCAAGCAGAAAUCCAAAGGCAAAGUAACAAAGAAAAUGCUUAUGGAGCAGCUUGAAGCCCUUAAGUCCGAAUUGGCUAUUGUAAGAUCCGAAAAAGGAAGCGGAUCAGUUACAACAACUGCGGCAUACGAUUCAGUCGACUUCAGAUCCAGUGAAGUGUUCGAGUCCAAUCAACCGGUACUAUCAGAAAACGCAUCGAUAUUGGCCACAAUGAACAAUAUGUCCCUAGGGUCAUUACACAUCCCUGAAUGCAGCCCAUCGGAAGGUGAAUCCGAUAUUGAUAAAAAAGCAUACGAACAUUGGAAAGAGGUGUUGGUUGCAUCGUUCAAUCUUGUUCGCGCUCAAGACGAGCGUGCAAAGAUGGAUAUCUUUCGGAUUAAGGCUGGCCCAAAGUUACUGGAAAUAAUGCAAGGAACAUCGUCCGUCCCGGAAAUGCCAAAUGAAUGUACACACCCAUUUUCCAAUGCAAUCGCCCGUUUGGAUCAAUAUUUUGGAUCUAGAACGUACAUUAUCGGACAACGGGGGAAACUAAUGAACAUGGUGCAACGUGACGGAGAAUCCAACCUUGCUUUUGUUAGACGCGUUGCUGCAGCGGCCAAACUUUGCGGCUAUAAAUGUGAUGAGGAAAUGGAAGCUGCAGUACGUACAAUAGUGAAGGGUACUGCCGACAGUCGAGUCCGUGUACUAGCCCAUAGAAACUGGGUCAACCAGGGGGACUUAAACAGCUUGAUCGAAAUGGUGCGAGAUCGUGAGAUGGAACUGUUCAACGAGCAAGAAUACCAAAAGCAUAACCGUCAGAAUAAUUCGGUUAUUGCUACCGUAACACAAUCCACAUAUACACGACCGGCGUCUCGUCGUGGACCGGGUCGUGGUGCCGGACCGAGAUACAGAGGGAAUCAACGAGGAAGAGGAACUUAUCGGCGAGAGCGGGCUAGCAUCGAAGGUUCUUCACGCGGCUCGUGUUGGAGAUGUGCAAGCAUAUACCACGAGGCCUCUAAUUGUCCAAAUUUGGACAAGGUGUGCCACAAUUGCAAGCGUCGUGGGCAUCUAGCUCGCACUUGCGCAACACAACCGCAGGUAGGAGCAGGUCAGAAGCGUCAGUUGAACGAACCAGCUGAUGAAGAAUCAAAGCCGAAAAUAGCAGCAAUCACCCAAAACGGUGAAGAAGAUGAGAAAAAGGAGCUCGUGAAAUCGAUAGAUAACCCAAAACCUGAAGAUAAACCUGAUAGGAAAAUAUGCUCAUUGCCAGCAUAUGAUAUCCCUGCAGAAGAAGACGCCUAUGUAGUCGGGCGUGUGGCUAAAACACGUGUGAUAUUUUUCGUGGACUCUGGUGCACAAGUUAACACAAUCACCAAGAAAACACUGGAUAAAAUACUUCGCGAUCAAUCUAAAGCCAAAGAAAUCUAUGAUCUGUGUUACAAAUCGGACAAAACACUUCGUGCUUACGCUUCGCACGGAGAAAUCAAUGUAAUCGCAACGUUCUCUGCAAAACUAUACGUUUCCAAUGAUAGACCAGUUUACUUGGAAAAGUUCUAUGUUAUUGAAGAAAUGAGAUCAUUACUGAGUUUCAGCACGGCAGCUCGAUAUAGCUUGUUGGACAUUGGAUUAAGAGUGCCUGUUGGAACUUACGAUAAUCAUUGGAAGAGCGAAUUAGUUACGGUAAACAACGUUUCCAAAAAGGUGCAGAAUUCCCAAAAUUCAACGUUCCUCCGGUAUUGUUACACUAUAACAAAGACAUGCCCCAGCGCGGAAUGUGUAUACGCAUAUACCACCAGGAUUCAAAAGACUUGUACAACUCAAACUUGA